AUGCAGGACGCCACCUUUUGCAGCUGCUUCCAUGUGUUCAUGGCGCAAAUAAUCGCCGUCAUCAACAACAACAAAAACAAGAUGGCAGGACAGGAUCAGGAUGAAGCUGAAGCUGGAGCUGAAGCUGAAGCUCCAGAUGGAGGUUGAAGCGGGGCGGAUAAAGAUGAGUUGAAAGACGUUGACGCUGACGCCAUUAGCACCGAGUUUUGCAGCAUCAACGACAAACUUUAA